AUGCAGAAUCCUGUACACGUUCUCACCAACUUUGCAGAGGAGAGACAAAUAAUAGCGGAGCUACUUACGCUUGAGCGAUUCACAAUUUAUGUUGGCAACCUGGCCAAGACGUUGAGCUGGAAUGAUGUUUACAGGAAGUUCCGGCAUCACGGAUAUAUUACGAAAUUUUACUAUCCCUGCAAUGCUAACCAAUUUGGUUUGGGUUACGCAGCGAUCGCUUACGCAGAGGAAUCGCAUGCAAUCAGCGCAGCGAGGCAAUGCAAUGGCAAACUGGCUUGGGAUAGAUAUUUGUACGUCGCUGCAUCCAUCGAUUCGAAUUAUGUCACCCUUACUAGUACAACACUGCACGUCUGCAACUUUAGUGAUUUUGUAAACGAAGCCGUCCUAGGGGACGUUUUCAAACCCAAAGGCCAAGUUCAGCACAUUGCCAUCGGAUGGAAUGUGUUCGGGUAUCGAUAUGCCCGCGUUACCUUCCAGUCCACGCUUUGCACGGAAGUGGCGCUACACGAAUGCAAUGGUAUGGAUCUUGGGGACGGAUUCAAGCUGCAGAUAAAACAUGUGCAUGAUCGGUACAUCGAUGAACCGAUCUCGCCGCAACAAUUCGCAAGUCUUCGGAUCAUUCGCCGAAAGGCCGGGUAUGUGCGUAUCUCAGGACUGCCAACAACUGUUACUGAACACCAGCUGCGUAAUGUUUUCGGGAGCUACGGCAAACUCACGGAGAUACUCAUACUCCGUUGCUUCGGACGUUCCAUGGGAUAUGGCAUAAUCCACUUCGAAACUGAAGCAGCGGCGAGAUUGGCCAUUUUUAGGCACAAUCAGGUGGAAAAACUCGGGCUGACGCUGACGUUGGAGCACAUACGUGAAGUUUGGCGACCGUUUGGUUGA